AUGGUGCGAGGUAUCGAUCAUCUCAGAGACCCGCGUCUUAAUAAGGGUCUCGCAUUUACACUAGAGGAGCGCCAAGCCCUUGGCAUUCAUGGCCUUUUGGCGGCCAAGUUUAAAAGUCAGGAGGAGCAACUGGACAUCUGUAGAAUAUCAAUAGACCGUUAUGAGGACAAUUUGAAUAAAUACCUUUACCUCAUCGAGUUACAGGAUAGAAAUGAGAAGUUGUUCUUCAGACUACUUUCGGAGAAUGUCGAGAAGUAUCUGCCAAUUGUUUAUACGCCAACAGUGGGCUUGGCUUGUCAAAGAUUUGGGCUCAUCUAUAGAAGACCUAGAGGUCUUUUUAUCACUAUUAAUGAUAAAGGACACAUAUUUAAUAUACUUAAAAAUUGGCCGGAGCCUGAUGUUAGAGCGAUAGUGUUCACCGAUGGUGAAAGGAUCUUGGGUCUUGGCGAUUUGGGAGCGUACGGGAUGGGCAUACCUGUGGGCAAGCUUUCGUUGUAUACCGCAUUGGCCGGAAUAAAACCUCACCAGUGUUUGCCCAUCACUUUGGAUGUUGGUACGGAUAAUCAGGACUUACUAGAAGAUCCCUUAUACAUUGGUCUGCGGCAGCGACGUGUAAGAGGAAAGGAGUACGACGAGUUUAUUGAUGAGUUCAUGGAAGCAUGCGUGCAGAGAUACGGACAGAACACGCUUUUGCAAUUCGAGGACUUUGCGUUACUCAACGCAGGUCGGUUGCUCCAAAAGUACCGCAACAAGUACUGCACAUUCAAUGACGACAUCCAGGGCACCGCUAGUGUGGCCGUCGCCGGUAUGAUGGCCGCAGUAAGAGUCACGAAGAGGAAACUUGGCGAGAAUAUAUAUAUGUUCCUUGGUGCUGGUUCUGCCUCCAAUGGCAUUGCGAAUUUGAUUGUAGCAGCCAUGAUGUCCGAGGGUCUGACUGAAAGACAAGCUCGUGAACGUGUCUAUAUGUUCGAUGUGGACGGACUGCUCUCCACACGUCGUGAGGGCGGAGUACCGGAACACGCCAAGGCGUUCGGGAAGGACAUAGAGCCAGAAAAGGACUUUGAGGCGUGUGUUGCAAAAAUUAAACCUAGCUGCCUUAUUGGUUGCUCUACAGUUGGUGGUGCUUUCACUCCUAAUGUCUUGAAGCAGAUGGCGAAGAACAUUGAAAGACCGAUCAUCUUCGCUCUUUCUAACCCCACAAGCAAAGCAGAAUGUACGGCGCAGGACGCUUACGACCAUACUGAAGGUCGUUGUAUCUUUGCAUCGGGCUCUCCGUUCCCGCCGGUGCAGCACAACGGCAAGGAAUACUACACGGGACAAGGCAACAACUCGUAUAUAUUUCCCGGCAUUGCACUUGGAGUUAUAGCGACCGCGACACAUCAUAUACCCGAGACCAUGUUCCUGACCGCCGCUAGGACUCUGGCAAACUAUGUGAGCGAAUCAGACUUGGCUAUUGGUCGUAUUUAUCCCUCGCUGGCGGAAGUUAAGGAUGUAUCGCUCGCUAUUGCGAUAGAGGUUGCUAAGAUGGCGUACGACGAGGGUCUUGCCUCUGUGUAUCCCGAGCCGAAAGACAUCACGAAACAUAUAGAAAAUCAAAUGUACAAUUAUAAUUACGAGAGCUCCAUGCCAGUCGUAUGGGACUGGAAGCCAGAGGAGAAAUUCAAUGUGAGACCCAUACAACCAGUACCUAAAAAUAUUUAA